UUUAACAUACAAAAACUGUUACAGCGUGAGGAAGACCCGGGUGAUUGUUCAUCUGAAAUCGUCUCUCUCCAGAAGGCUGGACUUGUGUCAAGGCAGGUGGAGAUGGAUGCUCUGGAGGUCACCGCAGAUGAGGUGGCUUUGGAGGGUUUGGACGGAAUAACGAUUAAUUCCCUAUGGGUGCGUCUGCAGAUCAGGCACCCCCCUUUCACCCUGACUUUAGACCCGCAGACUAAAGAAUUCCUCUGGACGUCUCUCGUCUGCAAUUCGGACAUCACUUUCUACGUGCUGCCGACAGAGAGACACCCUCUUGUACUGCGUGACCGAUUUGCAGAAAUGGACCCAGAUACGGGUGUUCAGGUGAAUCGUACGACAGCAGCGCGAGAACAGGAUGACAUCUACCCGAUCACUGUGGUUCUGGAGGAUAAGAACGGGAUCCAGGGUUCCUGUAGGUUCUAUAAGGAGAGGAAGGAUAUCACCGGACUCAUCCGCAGAGUAGACUUCACUCCUCAACUGACCCUGGAACAGGCCCAUAAAAAGUGGGGGGAGAAGCUGGUCCUGGUGGCGUCUCAGGUCAUGAGAUAUCGCUGUCUGAUUGGACCUGAGGGAAACCCUGAGCUGAAGUUGUCUGAUCAUUCCUACUGCAUGCUGGAGAGAGUGGGCCGAGCCCGCUGGCAAGGCGAGGUGCAGAGGGACUUACACACCACCUUCAGGACUGACGCUGGAAGGAUGCAUUACCUGCGUCAGUGUCUGGACAGAAACGGACUGAUCACCCUGCAGUCGCAUGUCAUUCGAUUACCGUCGGGAGGAAAUCAGUACUCCAUCCUCCUGUUGCUGAAACGCUUCCAUGUGGACAGGAGGAGUAAGUAUGAUAUUCUGAUGGAGUCCACGUCGAACCUGCUUUCCCAGCUCCCUAACAGAACUGGGAUCAUAAUCAAACUCAGAGAUAUGUUGCGUGUUAAUGAGGGGACCUUUAGGCGGGUUCAUCAGUAUAUGCAGGCUGCUAAGAUGGUCCAGAUUGUCACCAUACCACUGCAGGAGCUCAAUCCUGAUGCUGGGCCCUGCAAAACCAAGAAAGGGACAGACAUCUUAGUGCGGUGUCUUAAACUCAUACGCCCAUACGGACAGAAAGAGGCUGAAGAUGAUGAGGAUGAUGAGAAUGAUGAAGACGGGGAGGGCAGGAAAUGCACCGUCCCCUACGUGCGUGACAUGGAGAGAGACGUGUUGACGCAGGCGUAUGAGAUAGUGGUGACAGCUGGAACUAAGGGCAUUUCCCAGAGUGCUUUGCGAGGGCACCUCAAUGUGGGGAAACUGGAGGGUAGAAUGAUCUGCCGCAUACUGGAGAGAAACAACAUGAUAAAAGGUAUAAUGGAGGAUGUGGGUAGACAGAGGACGACUAAGUACAUCAGUAAGCUGUUUGUGGAGCAGAGUGAGUUGAAUCUGCAGUUUGAGAGAGAGCAGGAGCGCAGCCACAAGCUGCGUGUGUGUGAGGAGAGUUUUGCUCCCACACAAACGCUCCCGGAGGAGUCGGAGCUGCGGGUCUGCUCCGAGGAGAACGCGGAGGAGGAGGAGGAGGAGGAGAGCGAUGCAGGUGAAGGGAUGAAGAAGUCAAAGGGAAGAUCAGGGUCAAAGAAAACACGGAUGCGAGUUCACACUCCAUCUCUGCUGAGACAGAAACGCUCCACAUCAGCUCAGAAGAAGACCCCAACCCCAAGCAAGCUGAUUGGUCCAGACAUCAGGGAAGGGGUGGAAAAUGAAGAUUUGCAGGACAAUCUAGAUGCCUCAGCCAACCACCCCCUCAGUGAGAACCAAUCAGAGAUGGACAAGGAGGUUGUGACUAUGGUGGAAGAAGUGUGCAGCCAACCAGAGGAAUUGAAAGUGGCGAAAGAGAAUUCAUCGAAUAAGAAGAAAGGAAAAAUGUGUGUGAAAUCUCACGUGACGUACCGUAACCUGAAACGCAAGAACCUGAUCAUCGAAGCCGUUCGCAACAUGAGAAUAAUAGAGAGCAUCUACAUGCUGCAGAAGAUGUUACUGGACGCGGAGAAACAGGAGGGAGUGAGCAGUAAAAUCUGUAAGAAGAGCAUUCUGAGAAUAAUCCACAGUUUAUCCAGGGAGGGUCUCCUUAAACUCUACAGAACGACAGUCAUACAGGAUGGAGUAAGCAAACAGGUGCAGUUUGUUGUUCAUCCGUCAGUUGCUCCUGAUGAUCCGUUGGUGAAAAGUGCCAUUGAGCAGGUGCGGUUCCGACUCUCUGGGUCUUUCACUGCACACAGGGUGAAGCCGGAGCCAGAGGGAGGCAGGGAAUGUGCCGGAGGAGAGGAUAAGGAAAAUGACCAGGAGAAUAAGAAAGUUUUACACUCCAAGAUUGAAGAGAAAAUGGGUAUCAAACCUCUCCGGGACUUCCACCCCUCCAUAGUUCCAGGCCUGGGAAGAUCUCUGGGGUUUCAGCCAAAGAUGCCUCGACUGCGUACAGUUCACACCUUCCUGUGGUAUCUGACACAUGGUCACCCUCUCAGAACAAACCCACCCCCCGCGGCUGCACCCGCUGCCCCCCAGAGCUCAGACAAACCCCUGACCCCGCCCACAGAGGACCACAGACACGCCUCUGUAGAGAAAGAGGGUGGCGGAGAGCCUGUUGCCAUGGAGAUCUCUAACAGUGAUGAGAAGUUUAAGGUCUAUGUGGAUGAGGACAGCUGGAGGAGGUAUAUCCCACCGUUGCCUGUGCACAGAGACUUUGGCUCUGGCUGGGCCCUGACCAGUGACGUCCUCAUCUCUCUCCCUCUGUCCAUAUACGUACAGAUCAUUCAGAUCAGCUUCAAGGUUGAGGGUCUGGAGGAGUAUCUGGACCACCCAAUGAAGCAACAUUAUCUCAUUCGGUUUCUGCCCUCGCACAUGAAGAGACAACUCCUUCACAAACGAAAGUACAUCUUCAGUUUCCAUGAGAGUAUGCAGAGACUGUGUUACAUGGGUCUCCUGCAGUUCGGGCCCACUGAGAAAUUCCAGGAAAAGGAUCAGGUGUUUGUGUACGUAAAGAGACACGCCACCAUCGCUGACACCACCACCUGUGAACCGCACUAUAACCUGGCUGUGGAGACACGCCCGUUUGACCGACGGCGCUACACCUUCUGCUCCGCCCAGGAUGUUGAAAACUACUGGUUCGACCUGAUGUGUGUCUGUCUCAACUCACCUCUAGGUGUGGUUCGAGGGCCACGUAACAAACAGAAUGAUGAAGAGGAAGGUGAGGAAGCUGAGGAGACCAUAGAUGUGAGACGACAGAGACAGGACAAGUUAAUGUACACCCUCAGGGGGAGUAGUGAGGUCAUUGAUGAUGGCGUAACUCCUGGUGAUGGACAGGGGGCGGGAGGUCUAGACUCCUCCUUCUUUGGUCAUCUGAAACGAAACUGGAUCUGGACCAGUUAUCUACUGGACAAACCCAAAAAGAGUGGAGACUCUAUUGAGGGCAGAGGAACUGUUCGCUUGAGGACCCUGCUUACCAAACUCCCUUUAACCAAAACUACCUGUACAGCUCAGAGCGGUGGCGUUGACUUGAGACCGGCGCCCCCUGUUGUCACGGAGGAGAUGGUGCGAAUGGAGACAGAGCACAGCUCCAGAAAUGAACAUGUCCGUGGAGGAAAGAGACAGAAACGCAAGAGACAGAAAAAAGAGGGAGUCAGGCUGCCCAAGAGGAGGAAAAAAGUGGUGAAUGUGAACCGGCGUGGUUGUCAUGAUGAGGUGGACAGGAGGGCACUGCUGAAGAUGACCAAACAGAGAGUGCACUGGACACAGCAGGAAGACAGUCUGUUAAUGCUGUGUAGAGUGGCCAGUCACAUCCUAAACCACAAGAUCAAAAGGCCCUUCGUUCCGUGGCAGGUGGUCCGUGACCUCAUGCAUGCAGAGUUCGAAUUCUCUCAAGAUAAAACGUCUCUGUCCGUUGGCCGGCGCUCUCGCUACAUCAUGAGGAACCCCCAGACCUGCCUCAAUUUCAAGAUCUGUCUAGCUGAGGUUUACCAGGAUAAGGCUCUCUCAGAUGAAUACCUCAACAGAUCCAACAACUACGACAACCCCAAGGUGUGUGAGGAGGAGUAUAAGGAGUUUGUGAGUGUGUUGAGACAGAAGUUCAGUUCCAGCUCUGGCUCCACUGACCUCCUCAUCCCGGACACUAAAGAAGAGUUAUUCAAAAGGUAUAAAGUUUAUGCCAUUGGGGAUGAACCAGGAGAGGGAACCAAAGACAAGCUCACAAGCGAAGAGGAUAUCCAUGCUCUGGUGUUGAAUAAUUUGAUCCAGAGUACUCUGGCCCUGUCCAACUCCCAGAUAAAGACUCACCGCACUUUUCAGGCUUUUCAUCUGUAUAACAGGUACAGACAGGAGGUUUUAUGCCAGGCGUUCCAGGCCAUUCAGAGGAAAGGUCUCGUUAACCGUCGCAGACCUGACAAAUACUUAGGCCCCAAAAAGAGCCGCGCCCUGCCAAUCCUGCCCAUGUCCUAUCAGCUCUCUCAGAUCUACUACAGACGCUUUACCUGGCGUUUCCCGAGCUCUCUCUGUAAUGAGGUCUAUGAUUUCCUGAAGAGUGUGCAGCAGCGUGCUGGGAGGGAUCGCCCAAACACCAUCUGGUUUCAGAGGGAGGGGGACAGAGACGGGGAGGACAGCACCUCAGACAGGGAGGGCAUGACCCUGUUUCCCAUGGACGCGUCUGGAGGCUCCUGUUUGACUUGUCUCAGUUUGAUGAGUUUAGGAUUCCUGUCGGUGGAUGUGUCUGUUCCCCCACACAUCGUGGUAGUGGACAGUAACCUAGUGGACAAUGAGGUUGUUAAAAGUCUCACUAGCGAGCUGAAUGAUGAAGAUGAUGGUCUGGACUGUGGGGUGAAGAGACAGAUUGAGGUGAAGGCCUCUCAGGCGUCUCACACUAACUAUCUCCUGAUGAGGGGCUUCUGUGUGCCCGGUGCCAUGAACAUUCGCAACCUAAACAGCAAUGACAACAUCGUAGUCAACUCCUGCACUGUGCAUGUCCAGCUCCGUCAUACCGACGCUCACACACUCUUCACAGAGAACAGCAGUACACUGUCAGCGCUCUCCAUGUCUGGGCCCUCGUGUCUGCCCGCAUGGCUGAGGCGUGUGCACCAGGUGCGGGGUGUGUGUGAGAUGGGUUCGGUCCAGAGGCAGGUCAGGGGGUUAGGGUAUACCCCUGAGGAUGUGCAGGCUGUGGUGGAGAUGUGGAGCAGUGUGGAGAAAGAGGGUCAGUUUGGGCUGGACAGGACAGCACUGUGCCGAAAUUUCUCACACCUGGAGGAACUACAGACCAGUCGGACUAGAACCUUACAGCAAUACAUACAGGACCUGGUGGACAUAGAGGAACUGGUAGAGGUGGGAGCCCAGUCACAGAGACUGGUGUGUGUGUCUCAUGCCUCUGCCUGGAUGCUGGUCAACUCAGCCCACGACAGAGGCAUGCAGCGCAUAACCCGCAAGAGAGACCACACCCCACACAAAACACAGGCCUCACCGCCCAGGAAGAGACUGACCAUAGAGGCCCUGGCUCCGGACAUGGUCUCCACGGAAACGCCUACCACGGAGAGGGUCGUGGAGGACACGCGUGAGGCCACAGCUGCCGGCGAUUUUUCCGGCAAAGACAAGUGUCCUGGGGACACACGUGUUAUGGUGGUGACCCCUGCGGAGGGUGUUGCCAUGGAGACGGGAGAAGCUAGGACAGAGGAAGAAUGCUUAGCAGAUGUAGACACAGCUACGUCAGAGAGAAAGGGGGCGGGGCCAGAGAGUAAAGGGGCGGAGAUAGACAGGCACAAGAAGAUGGACCCUGAGACUGAACCUCAGGAGACAGGGAUCUCCCAAACCACCGACAAAGAAGAAGCAAUCCUGAGUGGAGAACAGAGGAAUGAUGGGCUGUGUUUUGUGGCGAGACCCUGGAGAAUCGUGGAUGGGAGUUUGAAUUUGCCGGUGAGUAAGGGCAUGUUGGAGGCAGUGCUGUACCAUGUGAUGAUGCAGCCUGGCAUUCCUGAACCCGACCUCUUUGAGCACUACAAAGGAGUUCUGCAACCUGUCGCCCUGCUGGACCUGCUACAGGUGCUGGUGGAGUUAGGCUGUGUAAGGCGGCGGUACGUGUUGACUGGGCGGAGUCCCUCCCUGUUCUCUCCCUGUGAUGUCAUCCAGGUGAGAGAGGAAGGGCAGGUGAGAGCCACUGAGGACAGGACGGCUUUCUAUGAGCCGACAGUGGACUGCUGUUUACGCCUGGCACCAGUACUCCCACACCAACCCAACUGGAACAAAUGGGCCCAUGGUCCCUCCAACUAAACCAGAGAAAAACACACACACACACACACACACACA